AUGAUGGUUAAAUUAUUUUGUUUUAGCAUAUUUUUAUGGUUAUGUGUAAAAAGUUAUAAUAUCAAGAAAACACAAAUAAUCACAAAUAGAUAUGGAAUUGUUAAUAAAAAUGGAGUAAAUUAUAAUGUAUUGAAAAAGAAGAAAUUUUACAAUUACAGUAAAUUAAAAAUUUAUUCAUCUAAAGAAAAAGAUUCAGGAAAUGGAAAAUACAAAAAUAUAAUAAGAAAAUAUAUUUUUAAUUUUUGUUUAAAAAAUUCUAUAUAUUUUACAAAUAGUUUAGAAUACAUAAAAAAUAUAUUAAGGAAAACUAAAGAAAUGCUAUUUAAAAAUUCUUUAAAAAAACAAAUUUUUAUUUCUGUUAGCUUUUUUUUUAUACAUUUUUAUCUACUCUCGAAACAUUUCCUUAUCCUAUUUCCAUAUCAAUUAAUACCAAACCAUUCGAAUAUUCUUAUGAGCCUUGAUUUAAAUAAUACACUUUUUAUUUUAACAUCUUUAUAUUUUCUAAAAGAUAUUAAAAAAAAUAUAGAAAAAUUUAAACAAAGAUUGAACUUUAAAAGAUUUAAACUAGAAUUACAAGAAAAUAAAAAAAAAAAUAUUUUAUCUAUAUCAGUUCUUUUAAUUGCGUCAUACAUUUUAUCGGGAUAUGUAUCUUUAUACACUGAAAAUAUUUUAAAUUUUUUAAAAGUUUUUAAGUUUUCAGUUUCAGACAAUAUUAUAAAAUCCUUACAAAUACUAAGCGGCCACUUUAUGUGGGUAGUAUGUAGUAUAAUAAUAAUUCGGAGAUUAUUAUAUCCUUAUUUUAAACAUAAUAAAAGCAAUUUAAAUUUUUUAUAUAAAGAAAGUUGGUAUUUUAAAGUAAUAUAUGGUUAUAUGUUUUCUCAUUUUAUUUUUAAUAUAAUAGAUGUUUUUAAUAACAUAAUCCUAAAUUAUUUUCAUAAUAAUGAAAUACAUUUUGAUAAUAGUAUAGAUGAAAUUGUAAAUGAAAAAGAAUUAAUAUCAACAAUUUUAUGUAUAAUCAGCCCUUGUUUUAGUGCACCUUUUUUUGAAGAAUAUAUAUAUAGGUUUUUUGUUCUUAAGAGUUUGAAUUUAUUUAUGAAUAUACACUAUUCUGUUAUAUUUUCAUCUUUGUUUUUUGCUAUUCAUCAUCUUAAUAUUUUUAAUUUAUUACCUUUAUUCUUUUUAUCUUUUUUUUGGUCAUAUAUUUAUAUAUAUACAGAUAAUAUACUUGUAACUAUGCUUAUUCAUUCUUUUUGGAAUUUAUAUGUAUUUUUAACUUCUUUAUAUAAUUAA